AUGGCUAUCAACAGGCUGACACUCGGUAUGAACCGAGUCUCAAACUACGCCGUUUUUCAAAAAUGGAAAAUCACGGAUGUUAUGCUAUGUGUGUUGCUUUACGUGAUAAACAUCCCAAUAUAUUAUGCUAAACCGUUCGAGCGGCAAUUUUACCUAAACGAUCCAACAAUAUCACAUCCACAUGCUGGUACACAGAGGGUCGGUAGUGUGGCGCUGUUUGUAUACAGCUUGGUGGUACCUGUGGUAACAAUCGUCGUGUUUUCGCUUGUUCUGGCGGAUCCAAAACACAGAGUGUACCUGAUGUACAUCUCGCUGCUAGGUCUAUUUCUUUCUUGGACGUCCACCAAUUUGCUGACAGACUUUCUCAAAAACUGGAUUGGAAGGCCACGUCCUGACUUCUUGGCACGCUGCGAGCCCAGAGAGGGAACUCCACUGAACGUCCUGGUGACAGCUUCGGAGGUUUGUAUGACGGAAAACAUCGGGCGCUUGAUGGAUGGCUUCCGAUCAACGCCUAGCGGUCACUCCAGUGAGAGCUUUUCGGGUUUGGGUUACCUCUAUUUAUGGCUGACAGGCCAGUUACUCGCUGAAAGUCCAAGCGUCGGCCAGUGGAGAAAAACAUUAGCGUUUUUGCCACUGGUUGGUGCCACUACUAUUGCGAUUUCUAGAACUGAAGACUAUAGACACCAUUUUGUGGAUGUUAUUUUGGGCAGUGUUAUCGGCAUGUUUAUCGCUUACAAGACGUACUCCGCAAAUUUCCCUCCAGUCUCGAGCGAAUUACCAUUUAAACCAUUCCUCGACGAUAGCGAUAUUGGACUAGUAUACUCCGAUACCGCGAAGUUGAUUACCGACGAAGAAGCGGAGCCUCUCAGUUCUACAUAG